ACUCGCAUCAUAGCAAUCGGGCUUAUCAGUUAGCCAAGAGUGUUAGCAUUCCUCCAGUAGUCAGGAGCAAAAGCAAUCGAAUCGAAGCUUCGAAGCCCGCGGUUAGUCUGCAUCGAACGCCGCUACAAAAGGUACCUUUUCCUCCAGCAUUACCUCAAGCUAACAGUUCUACCGAGCGAAGAAGAGCGGAAUUGUGAGGCUUAUUGGCAUUCGCACCAUCCACCCCCGCCUGCUUGAGCUUAUAUAACUGGUUCGCAAUACAUAAUUGAAACCAGCAGACCCCGGAGCAGGAGCAAUCAUGGCAACGGAACUACCUCGGGUUAACUUGGAUGAACCGCGCUACGACCAGAGUACCUACUUGAACCGUGCUAAGCAUUUUCUUAUCGUGACCAACCCGCUGAAUGUGUUCGCCACCGAGGAGCAGCUCGACAGGGCCGCCCGAAUUGUACGCGAUUAUCGUGCCGGCAAACCCGUCCCGGAUGUGCGUAGCGUCGAUGAGCUCUGGAAUGCCAAAUAUCUGUACGACAGUGCGUUCCACCCGGACACCGGCGAGAAGAUGUUGCUCGUCGGUCGCAUGUCGGCGCAAGUUCCGAUGAACAUGACCAUCACCGGGUGCAUGAUGACGUUCUACAAAUCAACACCCGCCGUCAUCUUCUGGCAGUGGUUCAACCAGUCGUUCAAUGCCGUAGUGAACUACACGAAUCGCUCCGGUGCGUCCCCGAUCAGCCAGGAGCAGUUGCUAACGUCGUACUGCAUGGCAACAGGUGGCGCCCUGGUGACUGCACUUUCGCUCAAUCGCCUCGUCCGGAAUGCACCGCCGCUUGUUGGACGCCUCGUGCCGCUGGCCGCCGUUGCUGCGGCAAACUGCAUUAACAUUCCACUGAUGCGCAUACAGGAAAUUAAAAACGGCGUCACUUUGCUGGAUAAAGAUGGCAACGAACUGGGCCAGUCUGUACGGGCUGCGAAAGAGGGCAUUUCUGCAGUCACCUUUAGCCGCAUACUGAUGGCAAUGCCUGGAAUGGUUUUCACCCCGGUACUGAUGAACACGCUGGAAAGACGAGGCUUCCUUCGACGUUUCCCGUGGGCCAACGCACCGAUCCAGACGCUGUUCUGUGGAUUAUGUCUCACGUUUGCCACGCCACUGUGCUGCGCGUUGUUCAGUCAGAAAGCAUCCAUCAGUGUGGACAGCGUAGAGGAGGAACUGCGUACGAAUUUGCGCAAGACACGCCCCGAGCUAGACGUCGUCUACUAUAACAAGGGAUUGUAGAUCCAAGGCAGCCUUGAUCGGGGUAGCCAACACGGUAGUACUCGUUGUCCUCAGAAUGGAACGAAGGAUCAAACCGGUAAACGAUUGCAUUUACCAAAAUGAGCUUUUCUCAUUGCUAACUUGAUUUUGUUCAAGUCCGUUAUGGGACAUAAACUCCACUUGCCAUAUUGUCGAUGGCGAUACUUGUGUAUUUACUAGCAAGUUUGUUAAGUUUUCUCUACUUCCUUCGCAUCCGUGAGUCCUAUCAGCACAGCGAAGCAAAGCGUGGUAGCAAAUGUAUUGGUGUGUAUGUUUGUGUGUGUACGACAAUAAAUGUAGGAUGUUCUCGGCAUGUUCUACAUCUAUCUUUCCGCCGCUGAUGGCACAUGGGCUAAGGCUUCACAACAUGCGAUUUUCAAUAUAAACUCAUCCGCUAUAUGGCUUAUAACUGACAUUGAA